CAUUUGACACAAUGAAACCUAGUAAACCUACCAUUCACUUAAAACACAGAGAAGCACAUUUUCGAAAGUGACAGAUUUAAAAAAAUCAUGGUAUUAUUUAAUUCGCAUUUAAAAAUUAUUGUAUUCCUUUCUCUACAUUUGAUCAAAUAUUCGAAAGUUUAAAUCCAUGUCACUAAAUUGAGUGCUUGAAAUCUAAAAAAAUUUAAAAAAAUUUGAAUUUGUUUACUUUUGGGAGUUACUUUUUUAGUGAUUGCAACAUUAGUGACUUAUGAACGAAAGUGCUUGUGAUGAGCAAAGACGAUUAAAAAAAGUGUCGAUAAAGCCAAUAUUCCGCAGAAAUUAGCCAGAAUCUUCAGGUAUCUACAAAAUAUAAUAAAUACCACCCUCGCAUGUGAGGGUACUAUGUGGUGGUGUUCUUCUUCCGCUAGUUCAGGACCGAUGGCUGCGAUACGCAAAAAGUUAGUAAUCGUCGGUGACGGUGCAUGCGGUAAAACAUGUCUGCUGAUAGUGUUCAGCAAGGAUCAAUUCCCGGAAGUAUACGUGCCGACAGUGUUUGAGAAUUACGUUGCCGACAUCGAAGUGGAUGGAAAACAAGUGGAACUGGCUCUGUGGGAUACCGCUGGCCAAGAAGAUUACGAUCGGCUGCGGCCGCUCUCGUAUCCAGAUACGGAUGUGAUCCUCAUGUGCUUCUCGGUGGACUCGCCGGAUUCGCUCGAGAACAUCCCAGAGAAGUGGACCCCUGAGGUAAAGCACUUCUGCCCCAACGUGCCUAUUAUUUUAGUAGGCAACAAAAAAGACCUCCGCAACGAUCCCGCCACCAUCAACGAGCUUCGCAAAAUGAAGCAAGAGCCUGUGAAACCGCAGGAAGGCCGGGCUAUGGCUGAAAAGAUUAACGCGUUUGCAUAUCUGGAAUGCUCUGCCAAAAGCAAGGAAGGUGUACGUGAGGUGUUUGAAACAGCAACCAGAGCCGCAUUACAGGUCAAGAAGAAGAAGAAGACUAGGUGUUCUCUGCUGUAAGUGUGCUGUUGUCGGGAAAACUCUGAUUUAUGAAUGGUUCGCAUACUGCCUGAUAACUUACGUUUGAAACGACUCGGACUCUACAGCAGUCGCGGCGUCAGCCACACAGUGCUUCCUUCCAAUACUGACAGCUGACGCAGUCGCGUCCCGCGUUGCACGCACAUCCACUCAGUAUUCGUGUGGCUACACUUUCAUAAUCGGUACUUGUAUAUUUUAUAGUUUAUCUAUAAAUUUAAGCAUAAAUGCCUUAACAAUAUGUCAGGGGCGAUUGUGGACUCCCUGUCUCCACGGGUCCAUUAAGAUUUUUUUGUGCUAUAUCAUGUUAUAUAAUCGAGUAGCAUUUCUUCAACAUAGAUAUAUAAUUCCUCGACCGGUGUCAUCUCACUGAGACUUGUUUAGUUUGGUAUUUUGUAUUUUAAUUUUUCAAUAAAAUAGUGAUGUAUAAAUUUGUGUAGGAUGUUUAUUUGACACGGAGCGUGAGCCCCACUCUCAGCCAAGUGCCUGUCAGCUGUGUCUUUGAGACGUCCAAUCUGAUACUGUGGCAAUUUUAUUGUAAUCUAUUAUCUGUGUGAAAUUUAUAACUUUCUAAUUUAUUAGUAAUAAAGGAACCCUAUGUUUUAACAUUUUUCUAGACUCUUUUUGACUUUUAUAAAAAUUCUGCAGCAUUUAUAAAUCAAAGGUGUCAGGAAUGGGGUAUAUUUAAAAUUUAAGUUAAACACAUCUAUGUUAUGUUUUAUUAGUAUUGUAAGUACAAAAUUAUCUUUGAAAUAUACAUGAAUUAACAUUAUAUUAGAUUACCUUUUAUAAUUUAAGAUAUAUAAUUAUUUUGGAACUAUUCCAAUUACAAAUUUAUUAACAAAUAA